AUGGACGAUGCGGCGCUGUGUACGCCGACAAAGCCCGACAUGGACGAGUCGGGAUUCGAUACGACGUUUGAGGAUGGAACCUCACAUGUGUCUCUUUUUCAAAAAGCGGACAAUUCGCUGCUAAAUAUGGGUCUGCCAAGCACAGAGACGCCGCAUACCGCAAGCAAGAGUGGCGAUACAGAAAGCGCAGAACAGGUUCAUGCGCAGCUCGAGCAACUUCAAGCGCUGAAUGCUAUUUUUGCAUCUUGCGAACGCGCACUCACAUCCAGUGAUGCUCAGGUCGAGGUGCGUGCUGCGAUCCACAAUGGAAAGGCGCGUCAAAGCCCCAAGCUCGCAAAUCCCCGGUCCAUCGACGGCUUCGCGCCGCGUGUCCAGCAAAGAGCUAGCUUGCAGCUCCUGGAUGCGCUGCGCAAAGAUGACCGCGCGGCGGUAGAUUCCAUUGUGCGUGGUAUGAACUUGACGAAUCCCCAACCGCACUUGGAAUCGCCGGCGCAUCUCGCUGUGCUUUGCGCCGAGCCUCAAAUGAUUGACCAUGUGAUGAAGCUGCCCGACAUUGAUCCAAACAUGCCGGCCAGCGACACGGGCGACACGCCACUGCAUGUGGCUGUCAGCACGAACCGCCUGGAUGCAGCAGCAUUGCUUCUUACCUUUUCUGCGAUCAACAGUGAUCAGGUCAACAAGCACGGCAAAACUCCAAUAGAGCUCGUCAACUCGCCCGAGAUGAUGAACUUGCUGCAAACCGCAGACCAGGAGCUUCGCGCGCGUAUCUCCGAGGCACUGGAAGAUUACGAGCGCGAGGCACACAAUGGUGAGCGCCUCGGCCGCGCUUAUGCGAAGCUGAAGGAACUUAUCGAGCUUCCCCGCGUCAACGCAGUCGACCUCGCUGUGGCCAGCACCGCGAGUGGAAAUGACACGCUGCAUGUCGCUGUACAGAACAAAGCUACCGACUUGAUAGACCUGUGCAUCCGCAAAGGCGUCGACCCCUAUGUGAAAGACAUGAAUGGGCGCACCGCUGACAGUAUGACACAGGAUCCCGAAAUCCACGCGCUGAUGCGUAAGCUAACGAAUCUUGAGGUUGACCAGACGAUUGCGGCGCACCAGCCACCGACCUACCGCGGCUUCCUCGGCAAGUGGACCAACGUCAUGCACGGAUACAAGAGCCGCUGGUUUGUGCUCAAAGGUGGCAUCCUGUCCUACUAUGUAAGCCCUGAAGACGAAGGCCGACUUGCGCGCGGCUCGAUCCAUAUGCGCUACGCAAACAUCAUCCCAAGCCGUGGCGAGCGCGCGCACUUCGAGGUCGUGAGCCAGACAAAUAAAGGCAUGAGCAAGAUUUGGCUGCGUGCCACCGACGCUGCCGAGGCCGUGCGCUGGAUUCAAAUCCUUGAAAAGGCCAAGAGCCUUGAGCAGGGUAUGGAUGGCACUCACGAGGCAGCUGCGCCUACAAAGCGGGGCGGCGUCGCAUUCACUGCGCCGACCGCACGCACCACACGAACCGACGAAGAGGCAAUGGACGAUGCACAGAGCGAGUCCAUUUCGUUGGAUGGGCGCGAAAACGAUAUGCCCUAUGCAAAAAAUUUCGUUAUUGUGCACAACAUGCUCAAGACACAUUUGGAUUUGAGUUUCCAGUUGCUGGAUCAGUUGCAGCUCGCCCAAGGGACCUACAUUCUUCACCCUGACCAACGAGGCAAUCCGGAAGCACCUGUCCAGCCCGUUGGACAAUUUCCUUUGCAGGGCGGCGGUAUAGAUCAGCAAACAAUGGGAGCACUGCGCAAGUCAUUUGCGGACAGGUUCGAGCUCUUCCAAGAGUAUUCGCACAUGGUGCAAGCGCGUGAAAAGUAUCUUUGUGCACAGUUAGAGCGCGAAGUGAACGCACGAAACCUAUGGGAGGAGCAGAUGGCGACGUUGGGCAAGCAGAACAACGAUGUUGAGGCGAACUUGUACAAUGCCGUCGCGGUGAUUGACGAGCAGCGCAAGGAGCUCAGGCAGUUGCAUGGCAGUACAGGCCAAGAGGCCACUGGUGCAAACGCUGCUGCACCGAGCGGCAAUGUCGUGCGUGCAUCUACAUUUGAUGAAGACGACGAGUUUUACGAUGCAGUCGAAUCAGGCAAGUUGCCAAACUUGUACGUGGAAGGACCGCUUGCGGGUGGGGUGCAGCGUAAUGCAGAGCCGCAACAGCAGCAGCAACAAGAACAACAACAGCAGCAGCAGCAGCAAGAACAACAACAACAACAACAACAACAACAACAACAACAACAACAACAACAGCCACAGCAAGCUGCAAAUGGGCAAUCCAACGAUGCUUCCGGUCCCUGGAACCCUGUAGCAGGCCCCGAAUUCGAACCUUAUGGUCACUUGCGCGAAACUAUGCCUAUUGCAAAAGACGAACGGCCGCCCAUGUCCCUUUGGAACAUCUUGAAGAAGAACAUCGGCAAAGACCUAACCAAGAUUUCGUUCCCUGUCGCAUUCAACGAACCGACAUCGAUGCUGGAGCGCAUGGCGGAAGACAUGGAAUUCUCCGAGUGCCUUGAUGCUGCCGCUCUGCAGUCCGACUCCACGCGCCGUAUUGCAUACGUCGCUGCGUUUGCUGCCUCGAACUAUAGCUCGACCAUUGGCCGUAUCGCAAAGCCCUUCAACCCACUGCUCGGCGAGACGUUUGAGUACGCACGCCUCGACAGAAAGUACCGCUACGUGAGCGAGCAAGUGAGCCAUCACCCUCCGAUCUCUGCAUGCUUUUGCGAGUCGCCCUCAUGGGAGUACAUGGGAUGUGUCGACGCCAAGUCCAAGUUCCUCGGUCGUUCUUUUGAGAUCCGUCCAACUGGUGUGGCCCAUGUGCUUGUGAAAAUCAAGCCGGAGUGGGCGCCAGGAUCCAAGCGGGAAUCGAUGCAAAAGUCUUCUCAUAAUCCGAGUCUCUUGAUGGAGCACUACUCCUGGAACAAGGUAACCACCUCGGUCAGUGGUUUCUUUGUCGGCGCGCCGACAAUCGAUCACUACGGCGAUAUGACCGUCGAGAAUCACGAUACAGGCGACAAGUGUGUGCUGACGUUUAUGCCUCGUAAAUGGCGUGGCUCCGACUCGCAUGAGAUCUGCGGUAAGGUGUUUGACGCAUCUGGGCAGCUCGUAUGGGAAAUUGCUGGACGCUGGAGCACACAACUCGUUGCUCGCCGCGCUGGCAGCGAUGCACAAAACUUGAACCCCGACGAAAAGAUCAGCCGGAGUGAGAAUCCUGUGUCCAGCAGCCAGUCGGACAGCUCCUAUCUCCUCCUAUGGCGCAACAGCGAAAAGCAUCCGUCGCCAUUCAACCUGACGCCGUUUGCCAUCUCGCUGAAUGCACUGCCCAACGACCUCCGCCCGUGGCUUCCGCCCACAGACUGCCGCCUGCGCCCUGACUUGUACGCGUUUGAGCACGGCAAAUACGAUCAGGCAGACGAUUUUAAGGUCGCGCUGGAGAACAGGCAGCGUGAGACGCGCAGCAAGCGCGACUCUGGUGCACUUCCGCCGCACAAGCCACGCUGGUUCGAAUGCAGUACGGACCCUGCCACGAAUGCACCGCUUUGGAAGCCGCUGAUUAGCAAGGACGACAAUGGUGCGGACACAAUGGAGUACUGGGUCGACCGACACAAUGUUGGAAGCGAGCAUGUGCGCGGAGAUUCGCGCGCCGAGUGGCCAAACGUCGAGUGCAUUUUCGGCGACUUGGCCCAGCCAUAG